ACCAGCCUGCUUGAACUGAAGGAGCCUUUGCGCCGCUCCAUGGAGGACAGCAGUACCAUUAAAUCGUCGAUUCCCCACCUCACAGACGUCGAUUGGGACAUGUUGGAGCAGCUUCGGGAAGUUCUGAAGCCCCUGCUCGACAUUACUGAGCUCCUUGGAGGGGACAAGUACGUUACUCGGUCUGUACUUAUUCCAGCCUUAAAACUGCUAAAGAAUAAAAUGAGGACAAAUGACUGUGACCCUGCCUUCAUCUGCCGCUUCAAGGCCAUGCUUGUGGACUCUAUCGAUGAGAGGCUUCGCGCGUGGCCGCGGUACAACGAUUAUGAACUGGCAACGUGUCUCGAUCCUCGUUUCAAGAGCCUCGCAUGCAUCGAAAAAGAUCGCCGCGAACUUGUGUGGGAAAGGCUUUCCCAGCUAACACAUGCGUCUUCGGACGACGGUUCUACUGAUCUGACGCCCAAGAAAAAAAGAAAAUACGUUUUCUCGGAGGAAAACGAAGAGCCCACCAUCUCCUGCCAAGUGUCGCUUUAUCGAUCGAUGGCCGAGGUGACGGACGAUGAACUGGACCCCCUACAGUGGUGGCGAGCUCAGGGCUCCCUGUUUCCUCAAAUUGUGCCAAUUGUGAAGAGGGUGAUGUGUGUCCCAGUCACCUCAACGCCCUGCGAGCGUCUGUUCAGCGCAGCAGGGAUGAUCGUCAACAAACAAAGAAACUCGCUCCUGCCGGAAAAUGUCAACAAACUUCUUUGCCUCCGCAGCUGGGGUUGUGAUCUGUGAGUGCGUUACAUCAACGUUUAUUCUCAAUUAAGUUUGUAUAUAUGCGCCGUUUAUCAUACAAUAAAACAAAUUGUAAGGACAAAAU